CGCGGCGAGAGGCAGUGCCUUACUGGGCGCGUGUGCGAGCGCACGCCUCCGCCGCGACGCCGCGAGUGACCGACCAGCGCCGACCCAUGCCGCGGAGCCCCGCGCUCUGACCGACGGCCCGACAUGGCCUGCGCCCGGGAUCUCUGCUCCGCGCAGAAAGUUUUCAUCUUCAUCAACAUCGCCUUCGCGAUGUACAGCGGCGCGCUGCUGGCGACGGCGGCGCGGCUGGCGUGGGACCCGAGCACGUACACGUGGUUCCGGUUCCUGUGCGCGGCGCAGUACCGCGUGUCCGCGGGGUUCGUGCUGGCGGCGGGGCUGUGGCUCGCCGCGCUCGUGUACCUCGCCGCCGCCGCCGCCGCCGCGCCCAAGCACCACGCCAACUCACUGCACGUCUACUGCGCGGGGGUGGUGUGCCUGGCGGCGAGCGAGGUGGGCUACGGGGCGUGGAUGGCGGCGUCGCUGGUGCAGUGGUGGCGCUCCGCGCCGCAGGCCGAGCUGGCGCGCCGCGGGGUGGACCUGCUGCACGACCUCAAGCCCGCGCUGCUCGCCGUCGAGCGGUACAGGGACCUCGCGCGCCCGCUCUACGACAUGAUCGAGGAGGUGGAGAGAGAAGCACCCAACAAUGUGUUCGUGAUCAUCAUCUUCGGCGCGCUCGGCGCCAUCUUGCAGGUGGCGGCGUUUGUAAUGGCGCGGCGGCUGGCGCGCAGCUCGCGGGCGGCGCGGGCGCAGCUGGAGCCCGGGGACAAGUGUGCGGGCGAGUGCGCGCCCUGCCACGACACCGACAGCAACGACUCCAGCGAGCCGCCGCCCGGCUGGCGCAAGAAGGCCAACCUGCGCAUGUACACCAUACUCGACAAGAUUUUCUAGCAGGACGAGACGGCGCCGCCGCCGCCGGGCGUGGGGCGCGGCGCCGCGGGCGCGGGGCGCGGGCGACGCGG